CAGUAAUCAAGGCGACCAAUAAAAGUGUCUGCGCACAUGGAUAUUAAUGAAAAUUUAAGAAAAAUGUCAAAAUCUAACAACUCCACAAUGAAAAAAGAGCGAGGAACAACAUUGACAUUAGAGCAAUAUAAUAUUUUUGUGGCAUUUCUUAAAGACUUUAAUAAACCCAGUCGAAAAACUCUGAAAAAUGCCGGUUUUGCUGGAAACUUGAGUGCGGACCAAGGUAAAACAAAGUCAAACAUAGCAAAAGUGGCAUAUUCUCGCUUUAAAUCUAUAGCUAAGCGAUUAACUUACAGGGAAUAUGACAACGAGUUGAUUUUUAAGUCUAAUUCUAAGAUAGUUCUUCCAUUGACUAGAUAUGAAGAAGCAAUUAUGGAAGCCCAUAAGAGCCGAGGAAAUAAACAUUUGAACUUGACAAAGACCAUUCAAAAGCUAGGGGAAAAGUAUACAAUUGGCUGUAGGCAGUUUGGAAUUACAGAAGAAAAUGUUAGAAUGGUUGUCAGGAAGUGUCGGGAUGGUUCUUGUGCACAGAGAAACAAGACAGAGAUCGAAGUUAUGAAACAAAUUGCAAAUUCAGAAAAUGAAUCAUCCUCUAAAACAAGCACCAAUGUUGCCAAUGAAACUAGUUCUACACAAGUCAAUCAACAUGAUCAAAAAACAGCAUCUGUCAUUAAAGUACCACUCAUUAACAGUAUUCCUAUGACAGUUGUCAAACUUCCCAAUGGUACUUUCGGAUUCCAGCCCAGUGUGAAUGUGCCAGGAUUUACAUCUCUUAACCAAUUACCACUGUUGGGGCCAAAAGCUUGUACAACUUCAAGUCAGUGCAAAUGUCCAGCACUGUCAAAAGCUUUGAAUUCAAGCUCUGGUACUGCUUUGACUUCAGUGGGAAAUGUACCAAAAGUAGUACGGAUGAAUCUACCUAUUUCAUACACAAGAACCUCAUCAGAAAAUAAGCCCUUUACGUCUGUACAGAUACCCCUGCAAUUAAUCACAGUAGGAGCACAUCCAUUGACACCUGGUCAACAGGUCUGUCUAGUAACAGCAGGUUCUAACAUUGGCAAUUUAUUGAACACUGGUCAUAGCAGUGAACAGCCCAUUGAUUUGAGUAAAGAUUCCAAGAUAUCUGCUAAUCAGGCAACAAGCACUGAAACUUCACAAGAUGAUUCAGGUAUUGAAAACUCAGAACAUGACUGCAAAGAAGAUUUAUCACUCCUGCAAGAUGUAUUGAGUAAGUCCUUUACAGCACCAUAUGCACCAGAUCAGAAUAAUAAUGAAACUUUAUCUGAUGGAGCAAACAGUGUAGGUAAAAAUGAUGGGAAAAGUAAGAAGCUUGUAUCAGCUAAGCAGUCAGGAAUGAGCCCUAGUCUGGAUCAAGUUAUCAGUGAUGGUAGCUGUGGUAAGGAUGUCAUGGACCUAGAAAGAACUUCUGAAGGCAAGAAAUAUAUAUCGAAACGUUUUGAUUUUUAUGCCAUAUCAUAUGUCUUUAUUUCUGUAUAA